GCGUUAUUAAGGGCGCACCAGUGAUCAGCUCAACACCGUGCUCACCAAAGAGGCCAACCGGGCCUCCCUGAAGUCAGUGUCCGAAAAAUAGGGAAACAAAGCGCUUUCCCGAAGGUUGCAUGCUAGGGAAACAGGAGAUCAGUUGUAUCAUGACUACGGAACCGUGAGGCGGGAAUUACAACCUUUUUGUUGAAGUAAAAAUAAGCAGUUAGUACAAAAAGAUAAUGAUUAUGGAAAUAAGAGAUGCAGUCAUUGAAGACGUUAGUAGUCCUGGAGAGAGUGUCACAAAGUAUAUGAUGUUGAAUUUGUCUUUGAAACUACAAGGCCAUUUUUAAAAAGCCAUUGAAUGUGAGGUCAUUCAUUCUCAUUGUGAUGACAUUCAGCUUGGCUGUUGGGUGUAGUACCGGAAAGAGCUGAACUUCGUUUCUGCCUCUGGCUCUCCCACUUAUUGGCUUUGGGACCUUGAGCAAGUUACCUAACAACUUUGCUUUCCUUGUCUGUAAAAAUGGAAUAAUGACCCUCCGAUAUGUUCCAGAGGAAUCCAAAGACAAAGUUACCUCAGAUGAAGAUGUCCUAGGAACAUUACUGAAAGUUUUCCAGGCUCUAUUCUUAAAUGAUUUCAAUAAACAAUCAGAAAUCUUGACUAUGCUUCCAGAAUCUGUUAAAUCAAAAUAUCAAGACCUACUGGCAGUUGAACAUCAAGGGGUGAAACUGCUUGAAAACAGACAUCAACAGCAAAGUACCUUUAAACCAGAAGAAAUUCUUUACAAGACUUUGGGUUUCAGUGUUGCCCAAGCAACUAGCUCAUUGAUUUCUGCUGGAAAAGGGGUCUUCGUUACUAAAGGACUGGUACCAAAAGGCGCAGUCGUAUCUAUGUAUCCUGGUACAGUAUAUCAGAAGUAUGAGCCGAUCUUUUUCCAGUCCAUUGGAAAUCCAUUUAUUUUUAGAUGCCUGGAUGGGGUACUCAUUGAUGGGAAUGACAAAGGGAUAUCAAAAGUUGUGUACAGAUCUUGCAACGGGAGGGAUCGACUCGGCCCUUUAAAAAUGAGUGAUAGUACAUGGCUAACAUCAGAAAUUCAUAACCCUCUGGCUGUGGGACAGUAUGUCAACAAUUGUUCCAAUGACAGAGCAGCUAACGUCUGUUAUCAGGAAUUUGAUGUGCCUGCAGUUUUCCCUAUAGAACUGAAGCAGUACCUUCCAAACAUUGCCUACAGCUAUGACAAACAUAGCCCACUUCGAUGUGUUGUUCUUGUCGCACUUAGGGACAUCAAUCAAGGAGAAGAGCUUUUUUCAAACUACUACACAAUUGUCAGCUAACUGUGAAUCAGAAAUUAUUAGGUUUUCUACUCAGCUAUUAAUUCUAAGUGUUUUUUGUUAAUCACUUCUCUGAGUUAUACCUGUAAAACAAAUAUUUUGAGACUUAAUUGGAAUAGGAAUUUCUUAUGUUUUUGUUGAUAUUAUAUUUAUGUUCCAAUUUCAUGAUAAAAGCUACUUGCUUCAUUACAAUUUCAAAUUUGUAAUGCAAUUCCAAUUUUAAUUGGUUUUCACCUAAAUACACAAUAGCUUAUUAAAUUAAAACCUACUCUUUGAACUUAUAAUUUCAAUUUUUCUUUUGUUUAUUUUGUAAGCUUUGUGGUGGUUUAUAAAAUUGUAGCCAGGCAUCAGCAGUUCUUGUAGUACUGCUGAUGUGUACAAACUUCUGUAAAAACUUUAUUUUUACAGAAUUGAGUAAAAAAUAUCUAUUGUGUUGCCAUGAGUAAAUUGGUGUGUCUAUGUAUAAUGUAAAGAUUGCUCUAGCUGGGUAAGGGGAAAAUGUGAGGUCAUUAUUACUAUUUUCUUUACUCUUUGAACAUUUUCACACCAAAGAAAAGGUGGAAAAAAAGUGCAAGAUAGUGUUAGUGGGAGGAACACUUAUUCCCCGUGUCUCAUGUCUUCAUGUGGAGGGCUUCCACUGGUAAUGUUCCUAGUCUCUCCCUCCACCCACUGGAGGGAGAGUGACUCCCUGAUUAUGUUUGGAGAAUAACUAGGCACCCAUGUCCUAUAUACCCUUCUAGUUCCUUCCCUGUGGACUCUGGCUGCCAAUAGAAAGAAUGUGUCCUGGCAGUUCUCUGCCUUGUGCAGAGAAUAGCCUGUAGCCAGCCCAGCCAGUGACAGAGUGAGUCCAGAGGUGUAAUAUAUUGGCAGGCCAACCUGGCUGCAGUCCUGAAGCUACCUUCCCCAGUUUUAUUAGCAAUAGUUACUUUGACCUCCAUCGACCUGACUCCAGCUCUCUCAGUUCCAAACUUGGAUAGGAAGGAGGGUGUUCUUUACUGGACCCCUAAAAAAUUCAUGGAACCUAUAUGACCAGAUUCUGAUCACCUUCACUUCCUUACCACCAGCUUUACUCACCUAGUUUAUUGCAAUUUCAGUAGCCUCUCAAUUGCCUUCCUUGUUUCCACUCCUGUCCCCCUUACAGAACAUAUCACCAAGUGUGAUUCUUUUAAAUGAAAGUCAGGUAUUGAAAUACCUCUGCUCAAAACCCUCUCCCUAUCAUGGAGUAAAUGCUGAAGUCCUUCACAUGCAUAAUCUGCUCAUGACCUCAAGAGCUCCUCUCCUUUCUCCCCUUGCUCACUCCACCCCAACUCACACCUGCCUCCUGGCCACUCCCCAAACCUGCCAGGCACAUUCCCACCCAAGGACUUUUGCACUUAGGUUCUCUCUGCCUGUAAACAUCUUCCCCCAGACAGCCACACAGCUUGUUCUCUCCCUUCCUGUCACCUCACUGAGGAGCGUUGCCUCAUCACCCCAUUGAAAUUUACAAUCCCUCACUGCUCCCACCCCUGACAUAUUCCUCUUUCUCUUUAGCACUUACCACCAGCAAGCUCAAAAAGCAUACCAUAGAUGGAAAUUAUGGCCAAAAUGACUUCUAGUAACACAGAUGUACUAGAGAUUAUCCUGCUUCCACAGGCUUUUCCGUCUCCUAAAGCCUGAAAAUACUCUGAGCUCUCACAUGGUGCAUUGUUGCAUUCUUGCUGUAUUCAGAAUAUGUGUGCUUGUCCCUGCUCUGAAGGCACUUCUGUGCAUGUGUCCACCACAGAGCCCUAUGUGCUAAGGUCCUUUCGUGGCUGAGAAGGAAGGGAUGUGGUUUUAGUCAAGUAACCAAAGCAGAGGAGUCAAGGUUUUUGCUUUCCUUUUAUCCCCUUCUUGGCCUUGUACAAACUUUGGAUAUUAUGGGCAAUCUGAUCACUGCAUCUUAAAAAUGGAACUACAUAAAGCUCUGGUCAGAGAAAAUGAAAUAUGGGGACAAACUUGUGAAAUAAGGCCAAGAUAGGAGCUUUAGCUUAAAAAGAUGUUUAGCAAAGAUAUGACUAGGGUCAAUCAAACUAUGAAUCGUAUGGAUAAGGAAGACUAGUUGACCAUAAAUGUAGUCUGUCAAGUAAUAUUUGACCAAAUUUCAGAUCUGUCUUCCUAAAGACAGACAGUUACCUAGAACAGCGUUUGAAACAUAAUAAAUGUUUCCUGAAUUAAACUAAAAGUAUAAUCCUUACUUUGGGACUUUUUUUUUUUUUUUGAGAUGGAUUCUCAAGUUUGUUGUCCAGGCUGGAGUGCAAUGGCGGGAUCUCAGCUCACUGCAACCACCACCCCCAGGGUUCAUGCAAUUCUCCUGCCUCAGCCUCCUGAGUAGCUGGGGUUACAGGCAUGCGCCACCUCGCUCAGCUAAUUUUUGUAUUUUUAGUAGAGACGGGGUUUCACUAUGUUGGUCAGGCUAGUCUUGAACUCCUGACCUCAUGAUCUGCCCGCCUCUGCCUCCCACAGUGCUGGGAUUACAGGGGGACUUUUAUUAUAGAUGGAAAUUAUAGAGGAUUUAAGGAAAAUAUUUAAUCUACCAACUUCACUAUCUAUCAUAUAUCUUAUUUACUGCAUCUAAAACCAAUUGGUAACAGUGGUAUAAUAUCUACCUAUUUGCUGUAGCUUAAGAGUCAUUAAAUAAAAUAUCUAUUUUUGGCAAAUAUUCACACAAGCCAAGAAAAAAAGAUUCCCAGAUUUUUAUUUCUGGAACUGUACACCAGGUAUUAAAGUACAACAAAUACAAAAUAAUGCUCAAAAAAAUCAGCGUUUAUGUACAAAUAUUAAAAUCAAUGCAAUAGCAACUUCCUCUUGAACAUCUGAUACUGAAACUUGUUCUGAUUGUCACUAAUUUAUCUCAUACUCACAGGGUACUUAUUUCAAACUGGGACAACUGGAAUCACUGGUCGUCUAAGAGGAAUAUUAAUAUCUACCAUAUUUAACAAUAAAACUAAUAGUUUCCUCCAUUUAGUGAAAAAAUUAGGAACUUUUUAAAAAACAUAGUAAUGUCAAUAUUUUAUAAAUUAUUUCAAUUUCCAUUUGUAGACAAUGUGCUUUGAAACUCUGGGCAAACAAUCUCCUUGGUGGUCAGGUUUAUUCGUUAGUUUACAUUCAAAGUUGAAAUAUUCACUAGAGACUUUGGUUAAAUUAAAUAGUAUCACUAUGCUCUAUUAGAUCUGAUGUUCUCAAAUAUUUAUGACCCUCAACAUUUUAAAAAUUAAAAAGGAAAUGAUUGCACAAUUCUUUGACCUAAUUGUACAAAUUUUAGUAUUUUUUAAACAGUAUUCUACAUCCUUCAAGUAAAUUCAGCAGCUGACCAUGACAAGAGGAAAACUAAACAUUUAAAAAGCUAGCAUGAAAAAGAUGAAGUACAACUAACAAAUGUAUUGCUAUAAUCACAGCACCAGUUACACUUCUAAAUGAAUCCACUGUCCUUUUCAAAUUCCCUGUACAUAAAAGAUAUAUCAGCCAACACUGCAACUGCUCACCAUGAAUUUUUGGUUUGUUCAUAAGAAAAUAAUGUGGCAAAGGAAAAAAAAACAAAAAGAAUUUAUCACAGUUUGUUAUAAGAAUUGUGCUUAACACUUGAUAAUAAAGGCAUUAUUGUUGCUUCAUAUGAUUGCAAAUCAGGUUGUUUUCUUGCUUCCAAAUGCAAUUCUUUUAAUAAACAGUAACAAAUUCUCUGUUAAGAUGUUUAAACUGAGAAAAAAAACCAGUAAAUCCAGCUUUUAAAAGAAAAUUCAAUAAAUAGCUAUUUUACAUGGAUAAAGUCAUAGUGGUACAAUUUAUGAAUGUCACAUCAAGCAUGCACAAAAAUGGUAUUAUACAUGGCAGAAGUAGUCAGAAAAUAUUGAAUUAGAUCUAAAAAGAUAUGAAGAAUUUACACUUAUAUACAAAAAUCUUGCAAAUUAUUGCCUCAUUUUAACAAGGAAUUAAAAGUAAACAUUACCAGCUAGUUAGCACUCUCUAAGAGGCUAAAAUCAGAUUGACAUUUAAAAAUCUAUUAAACUAGCUGGAAUUUAUUUUUCUCUCAUACCAUUUUCUGGAUUUUGGUCAAAAAUCUUUAUUUAAAUAACUAAAGUGUCCAUUCAACUUGCUGAUAAUCAAAACUUUAGAUAAGAAACACUGUUUCCAUCUUAUAUCAAGACCCCAGCAAUGCAUAGAUAAACUGAAUAUAUUACUGCAUCAGCUACUGAGAAUGGGCA